AUGGGCAACGAGAACAGCAGCAUUGUCGGCGACGAUACGCCACCACAGACCUUGGAGAGUCGCGAUCUCAGGUCCGUCGCCAAGCUCAUCAAGGAUGGUCGCAUCAAGCGCGUCGUCGUCAUGACCGGCGCUGGUGUCUCUACAGCUGCAGGCAUACCCGACUUUCGAUCGCCAGACACCGGUCUUUACCACAACCUGGCCCGGCUCAACCUCCCUUUCGCCGAAGCUGUAUUCGAGAUAGACUAUUUCAAGGAGAAUCCCGAGCCUUUCUACAUUCUCGCAAAAGAACUCUACCCCGGCAAAUUCUACCCGACCAUCACCCAUGCCUUCAUUGCGCUGUUGGCAAAGAAGAAGCUGCUGCGCAAGCUCUUCACUCAGAACAUUGACUGUCUCGAGCGCCGCGCCGGUGUCCCGGGCGAGCUUAUUGUUGAGGCCCACGGCAGCUUCGCAACACAGCGAUGCGUCGAGUGCAAAACCCCCUAUCCAGAUAAGGAAAUGCUCGAGCAUGUCGAACAGGGCAAGGCGCCACACUGUAUCGAGGGCUGCGGUGGCCUGGUCAAGCCCGACAUCGUCUUCUUCGGCGAACAGCUACCCUCUGCCUUCUACGACAAUCGCAGCGUACCGGCCACCGCCGAUCUCAUGCUUGUUCUUGGCACAAGCCUGACAGUCCAUCCCUUCGCCAGCCUGCCGAUGAUGGCCAUGGAAGGUGUGCCAAGAGUGCUGUUCAACAAGGAGAGGGUGGGAGAUAUGGGAACACGGACUGACGACGUCAUUUGUCUCACGGAUUGCGAUUCUGGCAUCCGGGAGUUGGCCGAAGAGCUGGGCUGGAAGGACGAGCUCGAGAGCAUGUGG